ACGUCGUACAGAGGCGGUACGGGCUUGCCACGUCGGUCUCUGCGAAAUGCAUUCACACAGUUGCUCCUCGGAGCAUUUGGCUUAACUUUUUGAGAAAGACGCAUUUUUCUUUCCAACACAGAGUGACCGGGGACCGAACCAGCGUAUUUGGAACCACCGUAGCUCAUCUCCACGCUGCUGCGUUCGGUCUUAUAGGAGUAAAAAGCAGGCGGAGGAAUGCUCGGUUCGUCUGGACUCGUCCGGCUGGAAGCCACACAAGUGACUGAUGCAUCCUCGUUCACUUCACGCUCAUGUAUGUUGUCUUUGGCCCCAGCAUAUAUGGUUGCUCAGUAAGGAGCAAAGGGGAGUCCCAGCGUCCGAGGUUGCCACGGUAACCGGCGACCAUGCCAGGAGGUCGCAGGGGUCCCAGCAGACAGCAGUUGAGCCGCUCUGCCCUGCCCUCCCUCCAAACUCUUGUUGGAGGCAACCUGGGCAAUGGUACGGGCUUCAGAAACAGGAACAGUAGCUCCUUGGGUCUGUCCGCGCCACCUAUCUCGACCGUCAUCACACCAGAGCCCGUCCGCCACUCAAAGAUUCCACUGCUGCCGUCGGACAGCAGCCUGUUGUUUGAGUUCCUGCUCUUUCUCUAUCUACUGGUGGCCUUGUUUGUCCAGUACGUCAACAUCUACAGGACAGUUUGGUGGUACCCAUACAGCCAGCCACCCACCUCUACCUCACUCAGCUUCCAUCUAAUGGACUACCAUCUGGCUAUCUUCAUUACAGUCAUGCUGGCCAGGAGGCUUGUUUGGACAAUAGUUUCAGAGCUGUCUCAAAACAGCAGGAGCUCGGUGGUCUGCUAUUUGAUUUUGAUUGCAGCAAGACUUUUUCUGCUCACCAUGUGUUGUUGGGUGCUCUGCUGGACGCUGGUGAACCUUUGCAAGAACCACUCUGUUCUCAACCUCCUCUUCUUGGGAUACCCGUUUGGCGUAUAUGUCCCACUCUGCUGUUUCCACCAGGAAGGACCGAAGAGCCAAACGUCAUCAGUCGACUGCGACUACUCGGCCGACCACCAGCAAGCGGAGCUAUCAGACGCUCCCUUGUUUCGACCCCGGGAUUUCCUCUUGUUGUUACGAGAGAACCUCAGAGAACAGUUUUCGGCACCGCAGCACAUGCCCACGCACACCUGCCCGCCGCACACGCACACUCACACGCCUGAGCUGAUUCGAUCAGAGGUGGAGGAGCUCAAGAGCGACUUUAAUCGGCGGAUUAAGGAAGUGCUGUUCAACUCGCUGUUCAGUGCUUAUUACGUUGCCUUCUUGCCGCUAUGUUUUGUGAGGAGCACCCAAUACUAUGACAUGCGCUGGUCAUGUGAGCAUCUGAUCAUGGUGUGGAUCAAUGCCUUUGUGAUGCUGAUGAGCCAGCUGCUGCCCCCAAACUACUGCGACCUGCUUCAUCGCUCUGCGGCCCACCUGGGCCGAUGGCAGAAGCUGGAGCACGGAUCAUACAGCAACGCACCUCAGCAUUUAUGGUCCGACCAGACAGUUUGGCCUCAGGGGGUGUUGGUACGACACAGCCGCUGUCUGUAUAAAGCAAUUGGACCGUAUAAUGUCGCGAUGCCCUCUGAUGUUUCACAUGCGAGAUUUUAUUUCCUCUUCCACAAGCCAUUGCGGAUCCUAAACCUGCUGAUCUGGAUCGAGACCAGCGUGGUUCUGUAUCAGUUAUACUCGCUGUUCCUCUCCGAGCGCUGGAACCACACUCUCUCUCUGGGCCUUAUUCUUUUCUGCAACUACUAUGUCCUUUUCAAGCUGCUCAGAGACCGCAUAGUGCUGGGCAAAGCCUACUCCUACCCUCUGUCCAGCAGUUUGGCCUUAAAGUCGCAGUAAAGACAUCCUCCACACCCCAGUGCGUGUGCGCUGGAGGUGGGGGAAGUGCAGACGUGUUCAAAUUGGGAAACCAGAUGGGUGUUCGCCGCUCGCAACUGGAGUGUAAGGGACAGGAAUACGAACUCAUAACCGUGUUUUGAUACGGUUAUAUUUUUAAUGCAAUGUUUGUAUAAACCUAUUUAAAAGAAUAUUUUAUUUUGUAUACUAUUUCGCGUUACACCGGGCAUUACCACGCUGACGACAUUAGCAUGCCGCGUUGUGUUGUUGAUAAAAGAUAAAGUUUCACCAAAGAUGUAGUUAAAAAAAAAAAAAAAACACGUCAGUCAACAGUCAUACAUUCUGUCCAUGGUUGGCCUGAAAUUCUCAGCCUCAAACCACAAACUAAAUUGGAAGACAAAAGUAAAAGUCAAGGCACCGAGCACAGAGUUUGCAAUAAGUGUUGAAAGACAGUGUUGGUCACGAAAAGUUGAGUUCCCAGGUGAAAGUGUAGGAUUAACCUAAAAUGCGCUAUAACCUUUACCGGUGAACUUUGAACUGCUGUAAACUUUUGGAUUCACAUAAGUGCUUUCUGCACACCUUGCUGGUUUAAAACAAGAGCUGAGUGGCAAAAUUAACAAGAGGUCUUCCAAGGGCGUCUGUUUGCAUGCCUUUCUGUGACUCCGCCAGUUGCUCUUUUGCUGCUUCUACCUGCUGAGUGAUGAGCUAAGGUCAGUGGCCACUUCCCUUUGAGUGGUACUGUCAUUGCCGAAAGCUUUUCAAUCUCCACGCACACUCCUUGUUUCCGCUCUUUGCGUUACUAUGCACAGAUGAGAAUGUACAUUCAAAGGUUUACAGGUCAAAUUAAGUUCACCUGUAAAAGUUAACGUGAAUUUGAAGUCCAUCCUGAACAUUUUGUAAGCAGUGUAGUAUGCCAAGCUGCUACAUUAUUCAAUAGUUUUAGGGUCCAUCAAAGAGUGGUCUUUUCAUCUACCCACUCAACACUUUUUGGUACUUCUCACUGCCCCGACAAAAACUGCUACGUGCCCUUCCUUCCGCAUUGAAUUUGCGCCUGUGUUGCGCAUUCAUUUGGUCUUUCGCAAUAGCCAUGUGAAUCUUUGUCAUCACGGGCUGUGACCUCAAGGGUCUUCAAUACUGACGUGCUCCAGCCACGGAUACGUACAAGAUUCUUUUUGCUUUGGCAUGAAGUCCUUGCUCCUGCCCGAUGACAGCUGGGGUAGGCUCCAGCAUGCCCACGACCCCCGUGGGGACAAACAGUACAGAUAGAUGGCUAAUGUCCUUACUCUUUAGGAUCCUUAAGUCCACCCACCGCCAGCUUCUGAGUUGCUGUCCAAAUCAAACCCGUGUGUGUUUGUAGAGCGAGAAUUACGUGGCCAACAAAGAUGAAACCUCAUUUUACAUGUUGAAUGUCCUUUUCAGUGGAUGUUUAAUGGCAUGGGUGCUUCAUGCUGCAUCGCGGUGUUGGGAGUCAUCCACACCCGUCUGACUUAUUACCAGUUCAUGUGUUGUAAGGCAGUCCGCUUCUUACAGUUGCCUCUUGCAUGCUGCCUUUUUAUUCUCAAACUUAAGUUUUUCCAUGCACCUUCCUGCCUUUGUUUGGUGCCUCUUUUUAAUGCGCAUUUCUUUAGUGGUUCAUUUAAAUGCGUUUGGCCAGAGGAUAAAUCGCAUCCAUAAGGAAAUCUGAUUCAGUCGAGGUUCAGGGUGAAUGGGGCUCAGGAGGAUACGCCUCUUUGUGCCUUGUUGUUUUGGGUUUGCUCUAAGUGCAGUUGGCAAGUCUCAACUUGAAUGUAGUGACUGUCUCCAGAAGGUGGCACUGUUGUCUUGCAUGAAAUCCCUCAAGGACAACACAUGCCCUUUUUGAGUAAAACCUGAUACGAAAGAAACAACGUUACCCUUUUGAUUUGUUUAUCCCACACAAGUGCUUGCUCAAACAGUACAUUCUGCCUGUUUUUGUUGGUUUUGAGCUUCGGGGGGAAAAAUCCAAUCAGUUUACGUACUUUUUACUUCUACACGCUUGGUUCUUUCACUUAAGAAACGGACAGGGUGAGAGUAGAUGCCGGUGGCGAUGGAACUGUUUUGUUUGUUUGUUUCGUUCUGUGUAACAUCCCAGCAUGCAGAUGUUGAACCUUUUUGUGGAUCACGUCCCAGUUGAAGAGGUUGAAGGAGCAGGUCCUCAUAUUUCGGCUUUCUACAGUAUUCAUUUCACCCUGACCAUAUUCUUGGGCAUCUGAAAUAAAACAUGGAAUUGAAACAUUGUA